AGGUACGAAUAAAAUAUUCUUCAUUGAUUUUAUACUCUCCAACGGUUUUUCCACAUUUACCUCAAAGGGUCUACAUAACUUUCUCCCAAACAACAUUUACCUCUCAAAACUCCUCGUUUCUCUCAAAUUUUCACUCUCUUUUUGAUAUAUGGAUUGCAAUUUCGCCGAGGUUUCCCAUUCUGAAAGUCCAAGGAAAUUAGCUCUGCAUGUUUUUAUACUUAUUUGUUGCAGAUAAUGGAAGUUCGAGGUAUAAGAUUUAGGUUCCUUUCGUGUUCUGAUAUCGAGUCCAUACAUGGCGAAAUAAGCCUUAUCAUUAGGGAUUUCAUUUGUGAACCAUUGAAGUUGUCAUAAGAAUGCAUAUUUCAUUGAUAUCUCAAUUGGAUUGAUUGCUCCCAUUGAUAGGAGGAAUGCCUAAGUCGCUUGCAAUCCAAAAGGCGAAAUUAAGAAAGCGAAGAGAAACAGGUAGCGUAAUAUUUGGAUUAUGAGAUGGGAAACUUACUUCAGAUAAUUUAUGGUGCUCUGGUGAAAGAACUAAGGCGGCAAUGGUUGGGGAACAGAAUCGACUGGAGAAAGUUGAUAUUCUUUGUAGCCAUCAUGACGACAGCAGCGGCUGUCUUACAGAUAUUUAUACUUCCAUAUCCCGUCUGGUUUCUCGUACCUCCAGCAACAAUUUCAUCUUAUGAAGCCUCAAAUAAAACUACGAGUGUUCAGGGUAAUCUUCCCGUUGAGCGGGUUGAGUUAUUUCAACCUGUUGAUGUUAGUAGUUUAACGAACACGACAAAAGUGGUGGAGGAAGGGAAACCCAGAGCUUCCCGACGGAGGAGGAGGAGAAGGAGGGUUAAGACUAAACAGAAACCUGAAGAGCCAAUUUUUCCUCCACCACCACCUAGAGUUGUUACCGCUUGGCAGCGGUAUGUUUGGUCCCUUCCACCUAAUGAAGCACUAAUUUACGCCAAAAAGGAGAUUGAGAACGUCUCUGAUGUUACUGAUGAUCCUGAUCUGUAUGCUCCUCUCUUUCGGAAUGUUUCCAUCUUCAGAAGGAGCUAUGAGUUAAUGGAGAACAUUCUUAAGGUUUAUAUCUACCCAGACGGAGACAAACCCAUCUUUCAUGAACCACAUCUACAGGGAAUUUAUGCUUCUGAAGGAUGGUUUAUGAGGACAAUUGAAGACUACAGGCAGUUCGUGACAAGGGACCCAAAAAAGGCCCAUUUGUUUUAUCUUCCAUACAGUGCACGCCAACUAGAGCUCGCUCUUUAUGUGCCAGACUCUCAUAACAUUAAGCCAUUGUCUAUAUUCUUGAGAGACUAUGUGAACAUGCUCGCUGCAAAGUAUCCAUUCUGGAAUCGUACCCAUGGAGCUGAUCAUUUCUUAGUUGCUUGCCAUGAUUGGGGUCCAUACACAUUGACUGAACAUGAGGAACUAGUAAAGAACACGAUAAAAGCUCUUUGUAAUGCUGACACAUCUGAAGGAAUCUUUGUUGCGGGAAAGGACGUUUCACUGCCAGAAACAACAAUAAGGAACCCAAAGAGACCACUACGAGAUGUGGGCGGCAAAAGAGUCUCUCAACGUCCAAUAUUAGCAUUCUUUGCUGGAAACAUGCAUGGAAGGGUCCGUCCUACGCUGCUCAAGGUCUGGGGUGAUAAAGAUGAUGAUAUGAGGAUCUAUGGACCUCUACCUGUCAGAGUCUCCAGAAAGAUGACAUAUGCCCAACAUAUGAAAUCCAGCAGAUUCUGUAUAUGUCCAAUGGGAUACGAGGUAAACAGCCCUCGAAUUGUUGAAGCCCUCUUUUAUGAGUGCGUUCCGGUGAUUAUUGCAGAUAAUUUUGUCCUUCCAUUCAGCGAAGUGUUUGACUGGAGUGCAUUCUCCUUGGUCGUUUCUGAGAAAGAUAUACCAAAACUGAAAGAUAUUCUUUCGGCUAUCCCUUUAAAACGUUAUCUUGCUAUGCAAACAAACGUGAAGAUGGUGCAAAAGCAUUUCCUUUGGAACCCAAGACCAAUCAGAUAUGACGUGUUUCAUAUGAUUCUACACUCAAUUUGGUAUAGCAGGCUUAACCAAAUUCAACUUUUACAGCAGUAAUGCUCUCGAAAGACUCCAAGAUGUAUCAAAAAUGAGUAAUUUUAUAAGAGUACUCAGGUUGUCUAACUGGCAUCGGUGUAAAGUGCGCAUGGCUGAUUUCUGAUGUUUCAGGCUUGGCGUAAAUGUGCAGUUCUUUGAUGUAUGGAGGUCCACUUUCAUGAAUGUCUGUAUUUAACGAGAAGAUAUGAGUGAGGGUUUGCAUGGUAGGUAUAGAAUAUCUGUACCUGUUUUUGUGUACUUUAUAGAGAUAUAAGAGCAUUGACAUUCUUUUGGACGGUGACA